AUGGCGCAGGCCACCAGCCCCUCACCCCGCUGCCCCGACAUAGCCCAUCCUCACCCCAGAGGCCUGUGUGGUGCCUGCAGCACAGCCCGGCUCUUCUGGCACUGGCACCGAAUCCUGCGACUGUCACCUGUGGGUCUGGCUCCCCCAGAUGGAGCCCUUCCUGAGGGCAGGGACCAGGUGGGCCCGCUUCAGACCCACGGCACUUGGCAGUACCUAUAUGCAGAGGGCUCCAGGGGUGCUGAGCCUUUGUUGCCGCUGUUCCCACUGCCCGCCUUCCUCCUGGCGUCUGGUUUCACAGAACGGCUCAUUCUGUACCGAUUCUUGGUCACUUGUUUCUUCCUCUUAACAACUGGCUGCGGCUAUGGCUCUGUGGCAGGACUUCCCAGGCUACCUUAUCCUUUGGCGGCUGUGGACGGUGAAAAUACCCGCCCAGGAGGAAAGGGUUGGCCCCAGAGAGCCCUGUGCAAAGUGAGUUUGCGCACUGCGGAGCGGGCGCGGGUGUCUCCAACGCGGCUCUCCCAGUCCGCGGGGCUGGGGAGGAGCAGGUGCGCGCACCGCUGGCUCUGUGCCAGCAGAGGCGGGAAGAGCAGCCGGCCCCGCGGGGAGGCGCAGCCCGGGCUUCCGAGCUCAGUGAACGCGCAGGCUCUGGGGCUUCUAAAUGGGCCGGAGUCGUCCUGCCCGCCCAGGCACUUUCCUGUAUGUAUUAUUAUACUUCCAUUUUUAGGAAGUGCAUUAGAAGGGCCUGCGGCAGCUGAAUUCGGGAUUAAAGCUUUAAAGCGGGAAGCGUGCUCCCGGCGCGGUUCCUUUAAAGCGUUGGGCCUGCCCGAGGCAUUCUGGCCGCAGCCGCGGCCCGUAGCGCUUCUCCGAGAGGCGGGCUUUGUGCGCUCGCCCCGCCUUUGGACAACGCCCCCUCCCCUCGCGCUACGCGCACUGCGCCCCCCGCCGCCUGGCGCCCCGCCGGAGCUGCCGCCUUGUCGCGCAGAGUCCGCGCUCCCGCCCAGGAGGCGGCCGACGCGACGUCCGAGCGCCCGGCCCCGCCGCCGCGGCCCGACAGGGAAGGACCAGACCCACGAGCCAGUCAGUCCCCGGACGUGGCGCUUCCCUUCGGUAGAAACGCCCCAGCCCCGCUCCCGCCGCUCACUCCAACCGGAGGCAGCCAGGCUGCACCUCGCUAGGUGGGGUCCUGGGGUUCGGGUCCUCGCUCCUGAACGGAGGGUCCCCCGCUCCUCCUCGCGCGGGGCCGCAGACCAGUCCUGGCCGGUCUGCGAGAGCCAUCUUGAGCGGUUACGUUCCCGGACUAGACGGAGGUUGGGCUGUUACUUCCCGCUAACGACCUCCCUGCUGUCUCGCAGGCAAGUUUCCAGCUACCCAGGUCUGUUUUCCUAUCUCCCAAAUGCUUACGCUGUGACCUGGGCAGGUGCGGUGCUAGCCGGUGGGGAAGACAGAUGGGUAAGCGAAGGACCCAGGCCGGGAGCCCGUCCAGGACCUGAGAUGCGCAGCGCCGGGUUCCCACCGCUGUCGGGCCGGCCACCUGGCUGCUGUUUGGGAUGCACAUUCAUUCCGGUCUGCACGCAGCAUGCUCUCUUGGACAGCAUGCCGCAGGCCGAUUCCUGGGCUCCACCUUGGGGACUGAGGGACUCCGGAAUCCGCCAGUGGCAUCCAGCCCAGGAGAGCAUACUGAGCUUUAGUUGCUGGGCUUCAGGUGGUCAGGCUUACCUGGAUGAAAAGCAGCAGCUGCUAGGAGGAGCCAGGCCGCACCUGGGCGGGGGCGGGUCAACUCCUCAUCACCGUGCAUGGAACCUUCUUGGCCCCCACUUUUUCAGCAUCAAGUCGCCAACCUUCCUGUUCCCUUAAAGUGAUUCUUCACAGAAACUCCUGGGUGUUUAUGAAAUGCCAAGCUUUGGGCUGGGUGUGGUGGCUCACACCUGUAAUCCAGCACUUGGGGAGGCUGAGGCAGGCAGAUUGCUGAGCUCAGGACUUCGAGAUCAGCCUGGGCAACAUGGCAAAACCCGUCUUUACUAAAAAUGCAAAAA